AUGAGCACUAUUUGCCUUAAUAAAGCUGCAUUCAAUUUCUUUCUGUACAUCCUUGCCAGUCAUGUACUGGGUGCCCUUUGGUACUUAUUUUCUAUCCAACGAGAGACGGCAUGCUGGUGGCACAGAGCUUGUGAAAAGCUAAAGCGAUCAUGUACCCCGAGUACUUUCAGUUGUCAUAAGAGACCCCCCAGUUUGGGAAAUUACACAUUUUUAAAUGAUUAUUGUCCUCUUGAUAAAGCAACAAAGUCGCAAUUUGAUUUUGGAAUAUUUCUUGAUGCCAUUGAAUCUGGUACCGUCGCGUCGAAAGAUUUUCCCAAAAAGAUGUUGCACUGUUUCUGGUGGGGACUGAAAAAUUUGAGUUCUUUCGGUCAAAACCUUCAAACCACCAACUAUUUCUGGGAAAACUGCUUUGCUGUUUUUAUUUCCAUCUCUGGCUUGCUCCUCUUUUUGUAUUUCAUUGGUAAUGUGCAGACAUAUAUUCAGUUGACAACCGCAAGGACAGAGGAAGUUAUACAGAAGAUGAAAAUCAAAGAGAUAUAG